AGUUCUAUUUCUAUUCGAUGAAAUUUCUUCGAUGAAAAGAGAAAGAUAAAGAAGGAGAAAGAUAAGAAUAGAAGUAACACGUGGUUUUAGCUUAACCUUACUUAACCAGUGUAAUAUUUGCCUAUUGUUAAAAUAUGGGAAAGCAAAAAAGACAGAGAAGGAAACCUCAUAAAGAGAACCCUACCGGCCUUAUGUCUGUUAAAGAUUUCGAAGCAGAAGAAGCGGAGUAUGUCACGAACAAAGAUCGAGAAAAUGCUUUGCAAAGAGUAUACGAAGAAAUACAAUCCGCCAAUGUUGAGGAAAAAUUGUCUGGAUUACAAACAUUGGAAUCAAUGUCUUACGAUUCGAGCCUUGCCAUAGAGAUUGCAAAAAAUGGAAUUGCCAAAAUGAUAGGACCAUUACUUGUUGAUCAAAAUGUAGUUGUUAGAUCUGGCAGUGCAAGUGCUUUAAGAUAUAUUGCAGAAAAUGGACAAAUUGAAGCCCACACAAGUUUAUUGAAAGAUGACAUUAUGACUCCACUUUGUUUUUUAUUAAAGCAAUAUUCAACACAUUGGCAACCAAAAUUUGAACAAAAAGAAAAAGGCAAAGGAAUUGAUGAAAAGGAAGCAUUCAUCCAAUCAAUCAUAUUGUUAUGGACAUUGUGUGAACAUAAUGAAUAUGCUGUAAAACGUUCUAAUGAAGAAGAUCUUGUUUCUGUUUUAACUAAAUUUUUUGAUAUUGCCACUUUUGGCAUAGAAAUUGUUACAAUUAUUGUACAAUGCUUAUUAUCCUUGUCAGAAGAUAAUUCUGCAGCUGUAAAAAAACUGAAAGUCUGUGAAUAUACACUUAUUCAACUCUUAAACAUAGAGGUCAGUGAAGCUAGUAUUUCUGAAACAAUUUGCCUUAAAACUGCUAUAAGUGGUUUGUUAAUUAAUAUGACAAACUGCACAGAAAAUAAUUCUACAAUUUGCAAAGUAAUAAAUGUACUUUCUGAUACACUUUCUGUUGAUUGUAAGCAGUUAUUAUCUAGUUUGACAUCAAUUUUACCUCAUGAAAAAAAUACCUUUUCAAGCAGUGCAAGGAAGAAGGUACAGGAGAAUAGAAGAAUUUUUACUGCACAGCAGCAGGCACUAGAAAUCUUAGCUAAUUUAUGUUCAGAAGAUCAAGAGGAUGAGAAUGAUUCUUAUAUAGAUGAUUCAGACUGUGAAGCUGAGGGUAUAGAUGAUGUUUUGAUGAAUGACAAACUAUAUAAAACCAUUGGUUCUGUACCAUUAGAAGUAGUGGAAGUUUUCAACAGUUGUAACAUAGUAAAGAAAGUGUGGGAUAAAACUAGAGCAGUGGAUGAAGAUACAGUAGAAAUACUACUGCAAAAUAUUGAAGGAAUAGCUGUCUUAAAGCAAAUGCAGAAAUUAAAAUGCAGAGCUUAUUUAUGUUUAAACAACUUGAUAACAAGUUUAGAAAUUGAUGUACUUGGUGGUGUGGAAAAUUUAUACAGAAUGUGGGUGGAUAUUGGAACAGUUAUCUUCAAUGACACAAGCUCAUAUAACAUAGAAUUACUAGAAGCUGCUACAUCAACAAUGAGAGCAGCUAUCCAAAAGCUAUCGGAGGAAAAAGCAAACAUUUUUAAUCGACUAACGCUAGCUGACGUUACACCAAUAUUAAGUGAAGGACGUCAAUGUCCAAAUACGAACGUUCGAGUAAAUUUGAUUCGAAUAUUGGGAAACUUAGCUUUGAUUUUAACGAACAAUGAUACUCUCGAAGCUCGCGAGAUAAUCAAGCAUGUAUCAUGGUUUUUAUUGGAGACUUGUAAAUUGGAAUCGAAGGUUUGGAUUAUGGCAGAAUCAUUGGAUGCAAUAAUGGACAUAUACGCGGAAGAUGAUAGCGAUCAGUUAGCAAAUGAAUUUAAAUUAUUAGAGAAAUUACAUGGCGUAGUACCACUUUUUAAAAAUAAGGUGAAGCAACAGAGGGAAAGCUUGGGAGACAAUGUUGCAGUGGUGUCGACAGUAAAUACGAAUAUCACGAGAUUCGUAAAGUAUAAAGAAAAACGAAUGAAAGAUCUUUAG